UUAAACGGUAAUAAAAUACCAAAUGGAUCCAAAUGUAUUUCUGAAAUCCAGACACAUCAAAUUCUUUGAAAGAUGUCUUCAGAUAUUACCUGAGAGAUAUUCUUCGUUAGACAGUAACAGAAUGACAGUAGCCUUUUUUGCCUUGUCUGGACUUGAUAUGUUGAACUCAUUAGAUGUUGUAGAGAAAAAUAAAAAGGAGAUCAUAGAUUGGAUCUAUUCAUUACAACUUCUGCCUGCUGAAGAUGAUUCAAACCUUGGCCAAUGUGGAUUCAGGGGUUCCACAACAAAUGGAAAUUCAUUUGAUACAGAAAAGGCAAGGUCAGAGCCUAUAACUCUGGACAGUGGCCACAUAGCAAUGACCUACACUGCCCUUGCAUCCCUACUUAUCCUUGGAGAUGAUUUGUUGAGGGUCAACAAGAGAGCUGUCGCAGCAGGCUUACGAUCAUUGCAGCAGGAAGAUGGCAGUUUCUGCUGUGUACCAGAGGGCAGUGAGAAUGACAUGCGGUUUAUCUACUGUGCUGCCUGUACCUGCUAUAUGAUCAAUGAUUGGAGUGGAAUGGACACAGAAAAAGCUGUUAACUUUAUAAAAAAUAGCCAAACUUAUGAAGGAGGAAUAGCUCAGGGACCAGGACUGGAAGCUCAUGGAGGAUCAACAUUCUGUGGUCUUGCUGCUCUGGUAUUAAUGGGGAGACUGGAAGAAACUUUCUCUGCCAAGGAGAUGAAGCACUUACGCUGGUGGUGUUUAGCUCGACAGCAGACUGGCUUCCAGGGCCGACCCAAUAAACCGGUGGACACCUGUUACUCCUUCUGGGUUGGUGCUAGUCUGAAGCUGCUGGACAUAUUUAAAUUAAGUAAUGCUGAAUUCAACAAAGGGUUCCUAAUGUCAACACAGCAAGCCAUUACUGGGGGAUUCUCCAAGUGGCCUGAUCACACUCCUGAUGCACUUCAUGCAUACUUUGGAGUGUGUGGGAUGUCGUUGCUAGGGGAACCAGGAGUACAGAAAAUGCAUGCUGCAUUAAACCUGAGCCAAAAAACUGCACAACAUUUACAUGAUGUACACAAGAAGUGGCACUAACAAAGUAGCAGUUAUGUGCAAUGAAAUGCACAUCUUCAUACCAUGUAUCACCUAUUAAUAAUCAGAUCAUCAUGUCCUUAACCAGUUGCCCAAGAGCAAAUUUUAGUUAAAAGUUAACCACACGUCAAUUCAGGAAAUUGUUUAUGAAUGUGUAUAGUUGCUCAAUAUAUUACCAAUAUUGAAAACUGUAAAAUCUUCAAGAAUAGUUUUUGUUUCUCCAGGUACCUUUUGUAUUCACAAUUAUUUGAAUUAAUGAUAUACUGGGAAAUAUGAUUUAAUAUUUUUUCACUUCCUUGCUGUAGGUACAAAAGUUUAUGAAUAAUGAUGCAAACACUGUCGGGUUUCAGCCAAGUUACUCUUGUGUAAUUUUAAAUCAUUCAUAACCUCCUACUGUCAAAACCACUAGCAGACCUGUCAAUGAAAAUAUAUGAGUUGAAAUCCUCAGUUUGAUUCCUGUUCACAGUAAUUUAUUUGUAGUGGUAAAAUCCUGCUCCAGAAGUUAAGUACCCAGGGAAAGUAAUUCUCGAGUGCUUUAUCUAGGACAACUCUGAUACCCACAUGCUGGAGCAAGUGGGUUAUUUCAUUCUGUAGUCUUCAUGAACAUGUAACUGUAUCGUUGUACCAAAUAUUCUUGUAUAUUUUUUUUUUGUAUCUAAAAUUUAUUUUACCUUGAUGUUUAUUUUAUUUAAAAUUGACUACCUUUUAUAUGAAGAGAUUAAUUUAUACACGUUACAGGUAUGCAAGCUGUUUAGUGGUACAUGUAUGUCGUUGAUGGAUUGGUGUAUGUAUGUCGUUGAUGGAUUGGUGUAUGUAUGUCCUUGUUUCUGUGUGUACAUUGUAGGCAGUGAAGUAUCCUUUUGUAUGUACGUUCCACCCAGUACCAAUAUUAUUGACUUACUGCUAAUACAUUUGUACAUUUAAUGUAUAGGACUUCUUGCAUCAAUCUAAGGCCGUAGCUGAAGUGCUAACACUAUGGCUUCGGUAGAAAGGUUGCUGAAUGAUUGGAUUAAUUGGGACAAUAUUUACUUUGCACGUUUUCAGCAGCACAGCCAUAUUGUAUUCCUCUGUCUAUAACAUGAUGAUGCGCAUUGCUCGUAAAUGUCUUUUUUUUCAUAAUGAUGUUUACUUAUUUGAAAAAAAAUAGUGUCAGCAAAAGAACAUAUUUCAGAAGUUAAAUUCAAAUGGAAAAAAAAUCAGUUUUUGAGUUUGAUGAUGUACAAUUGUUUUAGAGUAGUAGGUUUUUCUCUGAAUUGUAAAACUAGAAUAUACUGUUUUCUUGUUCCAAUUUUCAUAAUGUAUGGAGACAAUGAACACAUGCCUUAAGUUUCACACUCUGUUGUGUGGUAUUAUCUUUUGUUAAUUUUCUACAUGUACCAUAAUCUUUCUAAAUAUUUAAGUUAAAAUUUAAAAGGUACACCAUCAAGAUCAAAAUAUUAUUAUUACCUUUGUCACUUUUAUUAAACAUUUGUUGAAGUCCUUUUCUAGAGAUCUAUUCUGUAUUCAUCUGUAAAUCACAUUUUGUGAAGCUUUUUAUAGAAGUAUACUUGUUUGAGUUUUCGAAAAUGUAAAUAGAAAAAACCCUACUGAGGUUCAACUCAGUGUCAGUAUACUAUCCCCUCACUUAACCAAUAUUUCUAGCAAGGAAUUGUAUUAACAUGAGAGAUGAAUACUUUGUGAAGUUCCUCUCAGUCAGAAAAUCUGCAUUUGGUUGCUUCAUCUGCUAUAUAUAAGGGUUGAUAAUAUUCUAACACUAGGAACACAGUUCUGAGAAAAGCUUCUCUUCAUCACAGUGUAAACAGAUGCGUUGGUACCCUUUACCUUAAGAAAUGUACAGAGGUGUAAACUUGUUAAAAUUUGAAUAUAAUUUCGUAGGAAAUGCAUUGGAACAAAACUUCCUUACAUUCACUGCACUUUGUGUGUGCAUGUUUCAUUGAUAGUAUGUACAUAUAUGAAAAACUCUGGCUUCCACCUCAUUUUGAGUUCAGUGCAAAAGUGGAAGCACAUUUUGUUGAACAGACUUACUUUGCUUGACACACAAAUGUAAGACUUGUAAUGACUUAAUGUUUAAUCCUUUUCGAUCACCUGUCAAAGAUUAUAUAUUGAUGUAAUCUGCAUACUCUUUAACAGUUGUUCUGUAAUAUUUAAAAUGAAAUAACACAAUAAGAUAAUAAAAAUCGAAUAAAUA